AUGGAGAAGCUCCGCCAGCGCCACCGCGCCGAGAAGCAGCGUGCGUCGUCGUUCCCUGGUGGUCAGUUCUUCUCAUCGUGGUUCUACUUUGAAGCCAUGGAGGCCAUGGAAAAUGGACCCAGUUCCGAAACUGUUAACAAUAAUUCGAGUAAUCUUGAAAUCAACAACGCAACCCAUGUGUCGGAUCAUCAGAGCUUGAAUCCGGGUCGUUCUAAUCAAGAAGAGGACAACGAAGAUGGAUAUCUUGAUGAUUCUACAAUCAAUGAAACCCCGAUUCAUCCGGGGUACAAAAAUCACAAGAGUUCUCCGUUCACCGGUGGAAUUCGUAUAAAACCCUCGAAUCCUUCUCACCAGGAACCCACCCACCAAAGGACAACAAGAAAGUUUAGCAAGGUUGUUCAUAAACAUGAAGUCGAUGAGGAUGGCGAAGUGUGGGUUAAAGUGCCUAGAAACAAAAAAUUUGUUUCGGGGGAACCAUCAAAACGGAAACAAUUGGAAUCCAAAUUCGAAUCAGGGAAAAAAAAUAGGGAAUGGAGGGAUAUAGGAGGUGGCUUCUUCGAUUAA